UAUAUAUGUAUAAAAGCACAAAUAACGUAUUCGAUUGUUAAACUAUCAAACACGAUAAUACGAUAUUCUAAAACGCAUACGAUACGCCCAAGAUGAUAAAUAACUUAAAAAUACUUAAAUAUAUCGCUCAUUCGCGCACACAUACGAUAUCGUCAUCUUUAUUUUUGCUUUUCUAAAACAUAGAGGCGCGUUACACGCGCGUUAUUGAGCAUAGUAGGAUUAAAAACGUGACUCAGUUUAAUAAUCUUCUAAUUUGAUUGUUCACACGACUCAAACGAUAACAGUUGCAUGAAAGCAAGUCACAGCGCAUAGUCAAUCAGCAUCGCGGGAAGGAGACGUCAGAGCUUCGAUACGUUCUUCUAUACGAUGUUUUGAUACAUUCGAGAUUUAGACAAUGCGCCUUUCUCAAAAGAGGAUAAUUAAUUGAACCCAAUGCAAAAUGAAUAGCCAAAAUAUGUAAAUACCCAGGUAGCAAGGUGACGUCAGAUGGCGUCUCUAAUGCCAGUAAGACAUCACUGAAACGUCACUCGACGUUACCUUGCUACUUACAAAAUUUUUAAGUCUGCUACUUAAUAUCGAAACUGUAAUUUAUCUGUUUUAAUUAAUUUUGCAGUCUCCUUAGUCAUAAAAUUAUUCCUUCGUAAUUCAUAAAUUGUGCAAAUAUAUGCGUUACUUCGCUUUGCAUUCUCGAGAAGAAAAAUAUUCAUUUUAUGGCUUUUGCACGAUAAAAAGGUGAAAAGGUGCGUUAUUGUGUUGCUUGUCAAUCAACACUUUAAUAACACAGCAACAUUCGAUAACGUCAAUUCUGAUAGAUAAACUCUGCUUAACAGAUGGGAUCUUCUAAUCGUUUCUUAUCGUAAUUUUCUAAUGGAACUGAUAUCGGUCCGUAUGUUACGCCUAAAUGUUUACCUGACGCGACAUUACAAAUUGAAAUGCACUUUCCUCACGGACACGUCAGGGUUGGCCACUGACGUCGGCAUGCCACGAGAGAUUCUGAGACUCAUUGACUGACAUUGCGAGCGAGAUCGACGAUUGCAAUCCGCGCAAAAACGGAGAUCCAGUUUUGCGCUUGCAUUUGUAAUCCGCGUGUCGUGUCACGUGCGUGACUCGCAUCGGAAUCCAAUCCGGGAAUCGAGUGUAUUUGGUUCAAUGUCUCGAAACUCGUUAGUCGCAUACGAUGCUCUUGCUAAUUACUCGAUAAAAAUGUUUCAUCCGUCGUGAAAUGUCGUGAAUACUUUAUAUCGCGUUGUUCUCCAUCUCUCUUCCCGCAAGAUGCAUUUAUUUCCGCAUCUCACGAUUUAUUAUCUCCUUUCACGCUGAUAUUCCCGAAGAACUACUCGAGUAUCAAAUCAGGAAAUUUCCAACUUAAAGUUUAUCACUUAGAAGAAACAGUUACCGGAAAGAGGGAGGGGAGGACGUCGCAUUUGACGCGCAGUAUUUUUCUCUGCAUUUCUCUUCCGCUAUCUCACGCAAUUACAUUAUAUCGGACGUGUCCAAUAUGCAUAUACGUCCCUGCAUUCACCCCGCAUUAUUGUGACAGAGAAGAAAUGCACGUUUGCUCCGCUUGAAAUUCUAACCGUUUAGUCGGUCUCUCCGACCUACCGCGUUAUAACACUCGCGUUGCUUCCGUCCGAGAGGCGCGCGACGAAAUGAAAUUAUCCCUCUACCUGGCGUGCCUUAUGCUAUUGUUCGUUUUCGUAAGCUCGGAGUUGCAUUUCAACGUGAGCGCCUUCGUCGAAGUGAUACUGCACUUGCGGAAAUUUUAUUCAGUGGCGACCGUCAUGUUCGCUCAUCCCGGCGACGCGUACGGCGACUACGGAGAUCUGCGAAUCACACACUUGGUGCACACAUGCGCCAUUAUGCUGGGCCGGCACUACGUAGUUACGUUCGACGUCCACUUCAGGAAGUUACGAAGGUCGCUCCGAUAUUAUCGCAAAAUAGUGCAACCCCUUGCCAUUGUUAUCAUGCCGGAUUACGGCGCGUUUCUCGAGUUCGCGGAGGCCACCAAGAACUACAAAAUGUCUUUCCCGGUGUGGUUCCUGCUGUUCCUCUACACACCCGACAACAGCACCCACGAUUACUGCCACGAUCCGAUCGGUAAUCCCUUGAAUCUGGCCUUCGACACGCAAAUGUUGGUCCUCUGCGCCGACGACGACGAGAUCCUGCGGGAGUGGUACUCGGUCAAGGGCGAGACUACCAAGGUCUUCGAUCUGGCGAAGUGGACGGACAACAAUGGAUUCAUUCUCCUAACGAAACUGUCUCUCUACGAUCGGAAGAAGGAUAUGGAAGGGGUUGUCCUGCGAGCUGUCACUGUUAAGGACACGUCUGUUUCGCCGAAAUAUACCGAAAGUUACGUGGGCGGAUUGUAUGGAAAAGUGCUGGACGAACUCACGUGUUCUCUUAACUUUACGUUGGACGUCGUGUCGGAAGUGAACCAACACGGUCUGUGGAAUAAGAAAAAUAAAACGUGGUCCGGGGUGAUGGGUGAGAUCGUGUCGGGUCGAGCGGACUUCGCUAUCGCUGAUAUGUCGAUGACGAGCCUCAGAGUACGCUACGUCGAUUUUACUCUACCCCUGAUAAUAUCCAGAAACGAUCUGUACGUCAAGGAGCCAGGGAUUUGCGGCGUCAAAUGGCAAGGUUACUUUCAGGCCUUCCAUUCACGCACUUGGGUCGCGACCCUCGUGCUAAUAGCGAUUACGCCGCUUCUGCUGUGCUUGAUGAAGAUAUGCCGCGGAUCUCGAAACAUUGCGGAUCUGAUUUCUGACAAUUUUAUUUACAUCUGGGGUAUCUUCUGCCAGCAAGCGCUUACAGAAUUCCCGAGCCCGUCGUCGCUACGCAUCGCAUACUUCACGAUAUUUUGCACGGCGAUACUGAUAUCGGCUUAUUACUCGGCGGCAUUGGUAUGCUUUCUCACUGCGUGCGUCCGAGUUCUACCUUUCCGCACGAUAGAUGAAUUCGUCAACGACGGCACUUACAGACUAAUAGUUCCGCGCGGCAGCGCCGACUACGAUAUAUUCGUCGCGACGAACGAAUCUUUCUCCUUGAAGCUGAUGAAGAUGAUGAAAGAGGAAUCGGAACUGCCGAUGACCCUAAUCGAUGGCUUCAUGCAAGUAUGUCAAGAUAAAAGGCUCGCUUAUCUCGCGUUGAACGCUUUGAAGAAGAGCGUGCAAGUGAGGAUCCCGUGCAAGUUGUCCUCCAUCCGCACCGAGAGAAUCGACAACCUAGGUAUGAUUCUGUCCAAAGGUAAUCCGUACACCGGCGUGAUAAACUAUCAUCUGCAGAAAUUUCUGGAUAACGGUAUGAUGAUGCGUCUGAGGGAUACGCGAUUCUUGAUGGAAUCGGCCGAAAAUAAGGAUUACCAACCGGUCCGUUUGACCAACGUCAUCCCGAUCUUGUCGCUACUCUCCUUAGAUCUGAAUGUAACGACGAUGAUACACACGUGGACGCGCGAGUUUACGCGGCAGCGAGUCAUGACCGUGACGGUAACUUUCCUGAACCUGGUGAGCGAGUACAACGAGUACCGGAAGACCGUGCGACCGUUGUUAGUCAUUCUUCUGGACACCGAGGAGAGUAUCGACGAGUUUGCCAGAGCCACGAGAAGCGUAGAGUCCAUAUCCUUCCCCAUCUGGCUCGUCCUGUUCCUCCAGCUUCCCGGGCACUCCCUCGAGGCGCACUGCAGACGCCCUACCGGCAACAUAUUCAACGUGAACUUCAACACCAUGAUGUUGGUCCUCUGCUACGACCGAUCGAUCUUGACCGAGUGGUAUGCCGUGAACGAUAAUCGCACCAGGACUCUCGAGUUCGCCACAUGGAGUCCCGAUAGAGGUCUAAUUUUAACGGCAAGACGGAAGAGCUUCUACGCCAGGAGGGGCGAUCUCUUCGGCGAAGUCAUGCGCGUGGCGUCCGUAUACCACGCCAAGAAUCCCAUCUUGCAGAAGGUGAGCGCGUUGAUGAAGGAGAAGAAUCUGCUACCGCUCGUAGAAGCGGACGGAUUCAAGCAGGUCUGCGAGAAGAAGAACGUGGCGUUUUACACGACGGAGAUGAUGGCGAACGCCGUGGAACUGCAGUGUAAGACCGUGUUCAUAGAAACUGGUAAGGCCGACAGCAUGGGGAUAGUUUUGCGGAAGGAGAGUCCUUACACCGGCAUCAUGAAUUAUCACAUACGACGAUUUAUGAACAACGGUGUUAUGAACAGAUUGAAAGAGAAGUAUCUGUCGACGAGCAAUCUACCGGAGGUCCAACACAUCGAAGUCGGCUUGCAGGGCGUAGCGCCGAUUCUGGCGGUGAUGGCAACCGGUGUCGUCCUGGGAGUAUUUAUUCUGAUGCUCGAGAAAGCGUAUUACGUUUUCAAGAUUAGGUGCAAGAACGGCCUCGCUAAAAACCCGAGCGAUAAAGCUGGGGUGAAACUAUGAGGAAGAAGCGGCCGGAGAAACUUCAAACUUCAACCAUUUUACAGAAUGAACUGCGAAGGACCGAUCGGUUACGUCGGUCGACACAAAAAUUGUGUGCUGGAUCUCAACCGUCAGUUUUAGUUAAUUUUGUGUCGAUUACAGAUAAUUCAAGUCAAAACUUAACUCUAAUGUUUCAUUGUGUGGUAAACGACGAUCGAAAGGAAAUUUGACAUUC